UAUGUGCCGUAUCCUUCAAAAUGUGGCUAAACGGUCCAUUUUACACAUCUUUUACACACACUUGCCAGAAAUAGUAAAAAUAAACAUUUGCCUUCCGCCGCUUUCCUCCACCGCCACCACUGGAUUCAAAUUAAUCAAAGAAAUUUGAAUCAAUUUGAUGCAACAACUCUCACUUCACAUUCCUUUCUCCUACUGGUAAUUUCAGUGAAUUUCAAAUGGCUAAGUUGGCAACCGGAAAGUUGCCGCAGCCGAUCGAGGAAGGUCUAGGAAGGAGGUUAUGGGUCAAGUCCAGAAAGGAAUGGACUCAGGCUCUCUACACUCCGUUUAUUGUCUGUUUGGCUUCUGGAAAUCUUGAACUCGAUGCUUUUCGCCAUUACAUUGCACAGGACGUUCACUUCCUCCGCGCCUUUGUGAAAGCGUACGAAAUGGCUGAAGAGUGUGCAGAUGAUGAUGAUGCGAAGGUUGGUAUAAGGAAACUGAGGAAGAGCAUUCUUGAAGAGCUCAAAAUGCAUGAUUCGUUUGUUCAAGAAUGGGAUAUUGACGUGGCCAAAGAAAAUGUUCCUAAUGCUGCAACUGACAAGUACGCAGAUUUUUUGCUGGCCACAGCCUCAGGAAAUAUUGAAGGAGUGAAAGCCCCUGGUAAACUAGCAACGCCUUUUGAGAAAAAGAUAUUGGCUGCUUAUACUCUUGGUGCUAUGACACCUUGCAUGAGGCUUUAUGCCUUUCUAGGUGAAGAGGUGCAGGCACUUCUUGAUCCCAGUGAAAGUCCUCAUCCCUAUCAGAAAUGGAUCAGCAAUUAUUCCUCUGAAGCUUUUAAGGCUGUGACUCUGCAAACUGAGGUUUUGCUGGAAAAACUAAGUGUGUCUUUGACAGGCGAAGAGCUUGAUAUCAUUGAAAAGCUCUACCAUCAAGCUAUGAAACUUGAAAUAGAGUUCUUCUUAGCUCAGCCACUUGCUCAGAAAACUGUUGUUCCUCUCUUGACAGAACAUAAUCCAGCAGAAGAUCGUCUAAUUUUGUUUUCCGAUUUUGAUUUGACAUGCACUGUUAUAGAUUCAUCUGCCAUCUUGGCUGAAAUAACCAUUAUAAGUGCCCCAAAAUCAUAUCAAAAUCUAUCAGAAAAUCAACUUACUCAAAUGUCUUCGGCUGAUUUGAGAAGCCUUUGGGAAGAACUUUCCAAGCUGUACACUGAAGAGUAUGAACAUUGUAUAGAGGGCAUCUUGCUUUCUGAUAAAGCUGAACAAUUCAAUGUUGAAGGUCUGCGUAAAGUACUCGAGCAGCUUUCAGAGUUUGAGAAAAGAGCAACCUUGAGGGUGAUAUAUUCUUGGGUACUUAAAGGUUUGAAUGUUAAAGAUAUAAAACAAGCUGGGGAAACCCUGCUUUUUCAAGAUGGUUGCACUAAUUUCUUCCAGAGUCUCACAAGGAAUGAAAAGUUGAACACAAAUGUCCAUGUUCUUUCUUAUUGUUGGUGUGCUGAUCUGAUUAGGUCUGCUUUUUCAUCAGGUGGUUUAGACAUUAUAAAUGUACAUGCAAACGAGUUUGUCUACGAAGAAUCUUCCUCUACUGGUGGAGUUGUUAUGCGGGUUGCAUCUCCCAUUGACAAGGUUGCAGCAUUUACUAAUAUUCUGCAGAACUGCGACAAGGACAAAAAGACUCUGACAAUAUACAUCGGAGAUUCAGUGGGUGACUUGCUUUGCUUGCUUGAGGCAGAUGUUGGCAUUGUAAUAGGUUCAAGUUCAAGUCUGAGACGAGUGGAAAGUCAUUUUGGUGUUUCUUUUGUUCCUUUGUUCCCUGGUGUGGUCAAGAAACAGAAACAAUAUGCUAGAAAUGGCUCACCUAGUUGGAAGGGUCUAUCGGGAGUUCUUUACACAGUCUCAACCUGGGCAGAAAUUCAUGCUUUUGUUCUGGGAUGUUUUGAGAGCUCCUGUUGCAGCUCCGAUGAAGAUACGAGUUCAGUAUCAUUGUAUUCAAGUGUAAAAAGUAGACAUUUUGCGUAAAUUUGCUGUUAGAUUUUUGGAUUGGACGGAAUUAUGGUCGACGCAUUGAAUGAUCAUUGUACUGAUUCUCUUGAUUGCACUCAUGUUGGGAGAGAAGCUUCUGCAAACUUUUUAAAAUUUCGUAGCUCUUUUAGUCUUCGUAGAAGAUCCAGUGAGCUUAUCUGGUGUCAAACUGGAAUAUCUUAUUUCUUUAGCUCGAUAUCAUUUCAUUUCUGUAA